AUGGAAAAUAAGGAAAAUGGAUCGAUUGUGUGCACCGCAGUCUCUCUCCAAACACACACCAGCACCACCAGCCCCAGCAGCAGCAGUCCCAGCACCAGCAGCCCCAGCAGCACCACCAGCCCCAGCAGCAGCAGUCCCAGCAGCACCAACCCCAGCAGCCCCGGCACCAGCCCCAGCAGCACCAGCACCAGCAGCCCCAGCCCCAGCAGCACCGGCCCCAGCAGCACCGGCACCAGCAGCCCCAGCAGCAGCAACCCCAGCAGCACCAGCACCAGCAGCACCAGCAGCCCAAGCACCAGCCCCAGCAGCACCAGCAGCCCCAGCAGCCCCAGCACCAGCCCCAGCAGCACCAGCACCAGCCCCAGCAGCACCGGCACCAGCACCAGCCCCAGCAGCACUAGCACCAGCAGCCCCAGCACCACCAGCACCAGCAGCACCGGCACCAGCCCCAGCAGCACCAGCCCCAGCAGCAGCCCCAGCACCACCAGCAGCACCAGCACCAGCCCCAGCAGCACCGGCACCAGCAGUACCAGCACCAGCAGCCCCAGCAGCAGCAGCCCCAGCAGCCCCAGCCCCAGCAGCACCAGCACCAGCACCAGCACCAGCAGCCCAAGCACCAGCCCCAGCAGCACCAGCCCCAGCAGCGACACGUGUGCCAAAAUGCACCAGCUGCUGCAGUUCUGUUUUUACCUCUAUACAAGCAGAACUGCUCAGCAUUCCUUCCCCCUAAAACCUGAUGCCAUUUAUGCAACACUGGUUUCUACAACAACAGACCUUGACAACACCGACUCCAUAUCCGGCUCAAAGAUUUCAGGCUGA